AUGACAAGCAGCCCCGUAACAGCAAAGGUCAUCGAUGGCAAUCUCGUCGCAAAGUCUAUUCGCGAUAAUGUCGCUGAGCAGAUACAGACUUUCCAGGCAAAAUUUCCUCGUUUCCAGCCCCAGCUCACCAUCGUGCAAGCUGGCAGUCGUCCUGACUCUAGCGUUUACGUUCGCAUGAAAGCAAAGGCCGCCGAGGAAGUCGGUAUCAAAUUUAGACAUGUUACACUCCCAAACGAGGCUUCAGUCGAAGAGGUCGUCAGUGUCGUAAAGAAACUUAACGAUGACGAGCAAGUAAGCGGUAUACUCGUUCAACUCCCCCUGGGCGCACAUGUGGGUGCCGAUGGGGAGCGCGUCGUCACUGAGGCUGUCUCGCCGGAGAAAGACGUCGAUGGAUUCCAUGCUUACAAUAUCGGUCACCUGUCUUCUCGUGCUUCUUCUCCUCUAUUCGUUCCUUGCACUCCUGCCGCCGUGAUCAAGCUCCUAGAAUCUACUGGUGUCCCCCUAGAUGGUGUAAAUGCCGUUGUACUAGGUCGUAGCGAUAUCGUUGGAAAUCCUGUCGCAGCUCUCCUUAGGAGUCGCCAUGCAACUGUUACUCAGUGCCACAGCCGUACCAAAAACAUCGAGGAAAUCGUUAGGAACGCGGACGUUGUUGUAGCAGCUAUUGGAAAGGCCGAGUAUAUCAAGGGAUCCUGGAUCAAGCCUGGAGCCAUUGUCAUUGACGUCGGCAUCAACUAUAUCCCAGACGCAACUAAGAAAUCAGGUCAACGUCUCGUCGGUGAUGUGGAAUACCUCACUGCAGCUGCCACAGCUUCCCACAUAACUCCAGUUCCUGGUGGUGUCGGCCCUAUGACUGUUGCAAUGCUCAUGGUCAACACUCUCAAAUCUGCGGAACGCCUCUGGGAAAAAGCCAGAGAACGUAAGAUCACACCACUCAAACUGGACAUCAAGGAAAAGGUUCCCAGCGACAUCGAGAUUGCCAUGGCGCAGACUCCCAAGCCAGUCACUCAGCUUGCUCAGGAGAUGGGUUUACUUCCGGAUGAGCUGGAAAGCUAUGGUAAAUACAAGGCGAAAGUCGAGCUUAGCGUCCUGGACCGUUUGGCACAUCGCAAGGACGGCAAGUAUAUUGUGAUUGCUGGAAUUACACCGACGCCAUUGGGAGAAGGAAAGUCCACGACUACCAUUGGUCUGGCUCAAGCUUUGGGCGCACAUCUCGGACGUCCCGCUUUUGCUUGCGUCCGUCAACCGAGUCAAGGCCCUACGUUUGGUAUCAAGGGAGGCGCUGCUGGUGGAGGCUACAGUCAAGUCAUUCCUAUGGACGAGUUUAACCUGCACUUGACCGGUGAUAUCCAUGCUGUCACCGCUGCCAACAACUUGCUGGCUGCUGCCUUGGACGCUCGUAUGUUCCACGAAGCUACUCAGUCAGAUAAGGCAUUGUACAGCCGUCUCGUUCCCAGCAAGAAGGGUAAACGAGAAUUUGCCCCUCUCAUGUUCAAACGUCUCAAGAAGCUUGGCAUUGACAAGACGAGCCCCAACGAUCUUACUCCCGAAGAAAUCAACCGUUUUGCGCGACUUGAUGUUGACCCUGAGACGAUUACCUGGAAUCGCGUCCUCGACACCAAUGAUCGUUUCUUGCGUAAAAUUACAUUAGGCCGUAACCCUACCGAAAAAGGGCACGAACGCGAGGCCGGUUUCGACAUCGCGGUGGCAAGUGAAUGUAUGGCCGUACUUGCACUGACCACUGGCCUCGCAGACAUGAGGGAACGUCUGGGUGAGAUGGUAGUCGCCACCAGCAAACGUGGAGAUCCUAUUACCGCUGACGAUAUUGGUGUCGGAGGAGCGCUCGCUGUCUUGAUGAAGGACACUGUCAAACCCAACCUGAUGCAGACCAUCGAGGGCACACCGGUCUUUGUGCACGCAGGUCCUUUCGCCAAUAUCGCUCAUGGAAAUUCGUCUAUUCUUGCCGAUCGUGUUGCGUUGAAGCUUGCUGGAACGGAAGAAGGCGAUUCAGCCGACCGGGUUGGAUAUGUCUUGACCGAAGGUGGUUUCGGUGCCGAUAUGGGUAUGGAGAAAUUCUGCAAUAUUAAGUGUCGUGUGAGCGGUCUCAAGCCCGAUGCUACUAUCAUUGUUGCGACGACUCGUGCUCUGAAAAUGCAUGGCGGAGGUCCCGAAGUCACCCCUGGAAAGCCCCUCGCUGAUACAUACACCAAGGAAGACCUUGUUACCCUCAAGGAGGGAUGCAAGAACCUGGUCAAGCAUAUCCAGAACUCUCGCAAGUUUGGUGUCAAAGUCAUCAUCGCCAUCAAUCAAUUUGCCACCGAUACUGCUGCUGAACUAGAACUUGUUCGCCAAGAAUCGUUGGCCGGUGGUGCUGAUGCAGCAGUUGUCAGCAACCACUGGGCGCAGGGAGGAUCUGGUGCCCUUGAUCUGGCUCACGCUGUAGUAGAAACCUGUGAAGGAGAGUCUGGUUUCAAGUUCUUGUACGACCUCGACCUUCCUAUCGAAGAGAAGAUAUCUGUCAUCUCGAAGGAAAUCUAUGGCGCUGAUGGCAUCGAGCUCAGCGAGCUGGCCCAGAAGCAAGUUGAUACUUAUACCCGUCAAGGAUACGGAAACUUGCCAAUUUGUAUGGCAAAGACGCAAUAUUCCUUCUCGCAUGACCCUUCGCUUAAGAAUGUCCCAACUGGAUUCACUAUUCCCAUCCGUGCCGUGCGCUUAUCUGCUGGUGCCGGUUUCUUAUACCCCAUUCUAGGAGACAUGCAGACCAUGCCUGGUCUGGGUACACGACCUGGAUUCUGGGAAGUUGGUCUCGAUAACGAGACCGGCCGAGUUGUCGGCCUGUUUUAGGUGUAUACUGGGUUGUUCUUCUCUCGUUCUCAACGAUCGUGAGAGGAAAGUAGCUUUGAUCUUCAUCAGAUAGCUUCCACAUUGGAGGCGCCGUCUCAACACGGAGUUUUGUGCCGUUCAACACGAGCAAUGUCCCUCCAGGUGUUGUAAAAAGUACGUAGCGCUCAUUAUCAUGGGCAUCCCGACGCCAGCCAGCGUCGUACAUAUAUGUUUGUGUGCAGCAGAUCUUUGUGAAACCAUUUUGCCUUUGCCUUUGCUGUAGUCGAGUUUAAUGACCAGUAUAACCAGUUGUUUAUUUGUCCGUACGAGCAGUGGUAAUGUCAGACAGUAAUUCUAUGAUAAUGUUACCCC